AUGUUCUUCUCCAAGACCAUCAUCCUCGCUCUCGCCACCACCGCUGUGGCCCUCCCUACCAGCCACCAGUUGGACAAGCGCGCCGGUAUUCUCAAAAAGGAGCCCUAUGCCCAGUUCCAGGUCUCGGACGGCGUCGGCGGCGACGCCUUGGCCGAAGUGCAGAAGAAGUUCCCGAUCGACGAGGCCAAGAUCGCAAGCCUUGAUCCGGCCGAUCUCCAGAUCAUCAAGGACGCCCGCCUCACAGCCGAGAAGGCCGAGACGGAAGCCUUCGACCCCGCCAUCGCCAAGGCUACCGGCGAAGAAAAGAACGAGCUGGAAGUGGGCAAGAUCAAGAACAAGGUCCUGAAGCUACAGCUUGAGGUCCAGGGAAUCGAGGCCGAGCUGGCCCAGACAAAGACUCUGGAUGCAAAAGAGAAGAAAAAGAAGGAAGCCAAGCUCGAAGAGGAGAAGAAGAAGCUGACCACGAAUAUUGCCGAGGACAAGAAGAAUGCCGGAAAAAAGAGCAAGAGCGUUCCCUUUAACGGUUAA